UUUAUCUCUCUUCUUUGAUUCGAGAAACCAAUGACCAAGCUCGACGGCCUCCGUCGACUACUCCCUUGUCUCUCCCCCACCAACGCCACCUUUGCCCCCAGCAAGAAGCGCCUAAGCACCUCCCUCAGGGACGACUUUAACGACCCCAUCACCAUUCCAAACCAAGACUCUCAGAACCAAGACCAAGACAAAGACUCUCAAGAUUCCACUACCACAACGGAAUUUGAAACGACCACGUCAGGUCCUGCACGCCCUUCUAGGUCCAUGGUGAUAGGCACCAUCUUCGGUCAACGGAAAGGCCACGUCUGGUUUUGCAUCCAACACGACCGUCUCUCCACAAAACCCUCUCUCCUCCUCGAACUCUCCAUCCCAACUCACCAAUUUGUCCAAGUAAUGCGCAGUGGCAUCGUACGCAUUGCUCUCGAGUGUGAUCGUUCCGAACUCAGCUCUUGUCCUCUCCACUCGGUCCCUAUUUGGACCAUGUACUGCAAUGGUCGAAAUAUUGGAUUUGCUACAAAAAGAAAAGCCAAUCACGAUAACCAUCUGAUGUUAAAGACGAUGCAAUCUACAACAGUUGGAGCCGGGGUGAUACCUGCUGGUUUAGGGUCGUCAGGUUCGGAGGAGAUCAUGUACAUGAGGGCUAAUUAUGAGCAUGUUGUUGCUAACUCUGACUCUGAGUCGUUUCACCUUGUGAACCCGGAUGAGUGCGCUGGCCAAGAACUAAGCGUGUUCCUGAUGAGAUCAAGGUGAAAAGGCUAAACAGAGGACAGAGGUUAAUUUUAUGGGUCUUUUUUAGUGCAUUUUGUUGGUUUCUUUGUUUAAUAAGAAGAAAUGGGUUUUCUCUUACCCUCUCGGAACUUUCUCAAAUUUGUUUUUUUUUUUUUUUCUUGGGGUUUUUUCAAGUCUUCUUUAUCAGGAAUUAGUUGGAUUUUGCUUUUGGAAAUGGGUGGGAGAUAGGGGUUUGAUCUUGGUGAAUUUUCGUUUCACGUGUAAUUUUAUUUUACAAUUUUUUCUUUUCUUGAAAUAGACAGAUCAGUUUAGGGAGGCUGGUAAAGAAAUAGCAGCUUCAUAAGUCAAGUUCUACAGGCUUUUUCUUCUUCUUCAGUUCUAGCUUUUAGUAGUUAAAUUCUGCACAUUGCAUUAGCCUCAUAGUCAUAUGUAAUAGAUGAACAUGGAAUUGCUCAAUU